ACCAGUCGAUCGAGUCAGAGAAACAGUAAUGACUAAUGAGCAUUGAUUGUUUCUCCGAAUAUUCUCGAUCAACACCCUUCUUUGUAGCUUGAUACUGAUAGCGCUAGUGAAAAGCUGAGCGAUGCCCAAGCGAGGACUGCUUGCGCUGCCAUGAGCACCCGGGAGCACGAUUUCCUGUGACCAUAUUUCUUGAAUUUCUGUUGGAUUACUGUCGUGGAAUUCCUACAAUUGCUUGCUGAGCAUGGGUCAGGAGGGGAGUAAGCCGGUGGCGCGGGCCAGGCCAGCUGAGCAGGCUGAAGGUGACAUCCCGUACACGUCCUAUUCCGUGCAGCGUCAGACACAGGAAGCGAUUAUCGAUGAGACAGACUCUAGACCCAGUGAGACCUUACCAGGUGAUAUUGUGGUGGUGCGGAGUGAUCCACUUGCCGCUAAGCCUCAAGAACGGGAAACAUACCUGACAAAGCUGGAACAGACACCUCUGUUUUAUCCACUUGUUCGCUCCUCUCUCAACGUAGCCAAUACCCGUGACCUGGGAGAGCUAGAUCAACUGAACGACAAGCAAGUUCUCGGCCUGUGUCUGCGCUACCAGUCUCACCUACGGGAAUGCGCCGUGGCCGUAGCGGAUAACCAGGACUAUCUAAGCCGACGUAUUCGUGACAUGGAGCAGAUGACGGCGGCUGUGUUUCAGUCCAUGGUGAUGAGACACCAGGCCAUCAGCAGAGUGGCACCGCAGCUACGCGCAGUGAAUGAUCUGUCGCGCAUGGUGUCCCAAGUCGAGGACAAGAUGGCGAAAUGCACGGCCAUGGUGGAGGAACUGAAUGCUCUUCUGCCGCCCAAGGAUCGCUUGGACACAUCCUCUCUGGCCCAUGUGGAGACCAAUAGUCCAUCUUGACACGUCGGUCGUAAAAUACUACCGAUGGUGGGCUGUUCUCUCCCUGCCGUUUGUUUCUUGAAGUACGGGAUGCCGCAUGGCCAAAGCGUCGGCUGUGCCGAAGCUCAGUGUUAGGAUGUGCCAUGUAUAUACGGUGGACUACGGCACGUGUCACUGCCUGCGCGCUUGUCUGCGAUGACGCGUGAACUCAGCACAAGUCCGUGCAGGGUGUGAGUGUGUAUGUGUGUGUGUGUGUGUGCGCGCGUGUGUGCGUACUCUGUGCAAGCUGUGGAUGCUGUUUUGCUUUACUCUGAGCACCCGGGCUGGCUCUCGGUGAUGUACAUAGUGUGACGUGCGCACAAACAAAUCACUCGCGCGUUAACAAGGUCCUUUGAACUACACGCGCCCGCAUUCCGAUGUUCCGAUAUUUUUGCUGACAACCAGUUGUACUGUGAUCCACUGAAUUGCCUGCUGCGGA